GUUGCAAGGUGCAACAAAAAAUUUUAGGACAAUAAAAAUAAGAAAAAUGUGGAAAUUUUACCAGUGAGUGUGUUACAUAAUAAGGCACAAAAAGAAAAUGACUCUCUCCAGACACAACAGAAUAUGCUUCAACACACGAACUCAUAUAAAGAAUCUUGCAAACCAAAUCCAAAAACGAAAUAUAUGGUAAUGGUUCAGAAGAAAAAUAUCUGUGUAGUAUGGUGAGAGGAGGAAAAUAAUGGAAAAUGAAUUGGAUGAGAGCACAGGUAAAUGUGAGACACAAAUUGAAAGGUUUGGUUUUUCUGAUGAGAUGCCAAAAGAUUCAAAAACACCAUUACACCAUUGUGAUAUCUGUAAAAAAUCAUUCUCUCAAAAAUGUGAUCUCACUACACACCAACUUGUUCAUAGAAAAAAGAUGCCACAUUCGUGUGAUAUCUGUGAUAAAUCCUUCUCUCUAAGUCAUCACUUGACUGUGCACAAACGCAUUCAUACAGGGGAGAAGCCAUAUCAUUGUGAUAUCUGUGGCACAUCGUUCUCUCAAAAUGACCUCUUAACUAAGCACAAGCGUGUUCAUACAGGAGAGAAACCAUAUCACUGUGAUAUCUGUGGCACAUCGUUCUCUCAAAAUGACCUCUUAACUAAGCACAAGCGUGUUCAUACAGGAGAGAAACCAUAUCGCUGUGAUAUCUGUGGCAUAUCAUUCUCUCAAAAUGACCUCUUAACUAAGCACAAGCGUGUUCAUACAAAGAAGAUGCCACAUUCGUGUGAUAUCUGUGGUAAAUCAUUCUCUCGCGUUCGCCACGUAACCGAUCACAUACGCAUUCACACAGGAGAGAAGCCGUUUCACUGCGAUAUCUGUGGAAAAUCAUUCUCUCUUAGCCAUCACUUAAGUAGUCACAAACGUGUUCACACAGGAGAAAAGCCAUUUAGCUGUAAUGUCUGUGGUAAAUCAUGCUCGCAGAAAAGUAACUUAACUAAACACAAACUGAUUCAUACGGGAGAGGGUCCUGAUCCCAUUGGCAUCUCUGGUGAAUCAUUCGUUCAGAAUGAUGACAUAAGUACUCAGAAAUGCCUUCAGACGGCAGAGAAAUUAUAUCACUGUGAUAUUUGUGGUAAAUCCACCUCUAGUAGUAGUAACUUAACCGAGCAUAUACGAAUUCAUACAAGAGAGAAACCAUAUCGUUGUGAUAUCUGUGGAAAGUCAUUCACUCAGAAGACUAGUCUUACUUCUCAUAAAUACACUCACACAGGAGAAAAACCAUUUGAAUGCGAUAUUUGUGGUAAAUCAUUCUCUCAAAACAGUAGCCUUAUGUAUCACAAAUCCAUUCAUACUGGCGAGAAACCAUAUCACUGUGAUAUUUGUGGUGAAUCAUUCUCUCGGAAGAAUAGUCUUACUUCUCAUAAAUACACUCACACAGGAGAGAAACCAUAUGAAUGUGAUAUUUGUGGUAAAUCAUUCUCUCGAAACAGUACCCUUAUGUAUCACAAAUCCAUUCAUACUGGCGAGAAACCAUAUCACUGUGAUAUCUGUGGUAAAUCUUUCUCAAGUAGUCGUCAUUUGACCGAACACAAAAAUAUUCAUACCGGAGAUAUGCCAUAUCAGUGUGAUAUCUGUGGCAGUUCAUUUUCUCGGUAUUAUCACUUAAAUGAACAUAAACGCACUCAUUCUGGAGAGAAUCCACAUCAGUGUGAUAUCUGUGGUAAAUCGUUCUCCGGUAGUAGUAAUUUAACCGAUCACAUACGUAUUCAUACAGGUGAGAAGCCGUAUCGUUGUGAUAUCUGCGGUAAAUCAUUCUCCCGAAAUCAUGACUUGACUGUACACAGACGAUAUCAUACAGGAGAGAAGCCAUAUCGCUGUGAUAUCUGUGGUAAAUCGUUUCCGGCAAGUACGAAUUUAACCACACACAAACGAAUUCACACAGGUGAGAAACCACACGUGUGUGAUAUCUGUGGAAAAUCGUUCCCUCGGAAAAGCUGCUUAACCGAGCAUAAGCGUAGUCACACAGGUGAGAAACCAUAUCACUGUGACAUCUGUGGUAAGUUGUUCUCGCAGAGAGGUAAUUUGACAGAGCACAUUCGUAUUCAUACAGGUGAGAAGCCAUACAACUGUAACACCUGUGGGAAGACGUUCUCCCAGAAAAGUAAUUUGACCGAACACAUUCGUAUUCAUACAGGUGAGAAACCGUAUCACUGUGAUAUCUGUGGUAAGGCGCUGUCCAAAAAAAUCAGUGUGGUUGAGCACAAAUAUAUUCAUACAGGUGAGAAACCAUAUCAUUGUGAUAUCUGCGGUAAAGCUUUCUCUCAGAGAGGAAACCUGCCCAAACACAAACGUAUUCACACAGGUGAGAAACCUUACGACUGUGAUAUCUGUGGUAAAUCAUUCUCAGUGAAUUUUUAUUUGACUGAACAUAAACACAGUCAUACAGGAGAGAAGCCGUAUCGUUGCGACGUCUGUGAUAAAUCAUUCUCUUGGCUUCAUAGUUUGACCGAACACAAGCAGAUUCAUACAGGAAAGAGGCAGUUUAAUUGUGAUAUUUGUGGUAAGGUGUUCACUCGAAAUCUUCAUUUAGUUGAACAUAAAUAUACUCAUACAGGAGAUAAGCCGUAUCGAUGUGAUGUGUGUGGUAAGUCAUUCCUUCGAAAUUUCCACUUGACCGAACACAAAUAUAUUCAUACAGGAGAGAAGCCAUAUCACUGUGACGCCUGUGGAAAGUCAUUCUCUCGCAAGCAACAGUUGACUUCACAUGGUUGUAUCCGUACAGAAAAAUAAUGUUACCAAACAUUAUAAGACUGGAGGCGACGCUGGCAUCGACCACGAUUCGGAUAGUGCUUUUUACGUACCACCAGUCCAGGGGUCCUGGCAUCUGCCGGGUGCCAGUCAUAGGAUUGGUUCAAUUACGAUUCCGAAAAAGAAACAUCUUCAUUGAUUGCUUCUGUCAUGUGGAGGCACAUGGCCUAGUGGUUAGAGCAGCAGACUCACAGUCGAGGGAUCACGGGUUCGAAUCUCAGACUGAGCGAUGUGUGUGUUUAUGAGUGAAACACCUAAGCUCCAUGUGGCUCCGGUAGAAGGUAAUGGCGAACUUCUGCUGACUCGGGAGAUAAGCCACAUCACUGUGAUGUCUGGGAAAUCAUUCUCUCGCAAGCAACAAUUGACUUCACAUGGUUGUAUCCGUACAGAAGAAUAACGACACCAAAUCUAAGUUAUAUGAUGUAUAAAAACAUGUAACAUACUAAUAAAUAUCUGUAAAUAUAAAACCA